AUUCAGUUUUUUAAAAAUUCUUUCAUAAUUCUAUUAAGUGUUUUUUAAGUAAAUUAACAUGGCCCGAAUGAACCGCCCAGCUCCUGUGGAAGUCACAUACAAGAACAUGAGAUUUCUUAUUACACAUAAUCCAACCAAUGCAACAUUAAACAAAUUUGUUCUUGAUUGGCCUUUUGAUGAUGGUGCACCACUGUCCAACCAGAUUCUUGACAACUGGUUAAGUCUUGUAAAAAUUAAGUUUCGUGAAGAACCUGGUUGUUGUAUUGCUGUUCACUGUGUUGCAGGGAGAGCUGGGAGAGCUCCAGUGCUUGUCGCUGCAGCAUUAAUUAAAGGUGGAAUGAAAUAUGAAGAUGCAGUACAGUUCAUAAGACAAAAGCGCCAUGGAGCUUUUAACAGCAAGCAACUUUUGUAUUUGGAAAAAUAUUGUCCUAAGAUGUGGCUGCGCUUCAAAGACUCCAAUGGUCAUAGAAACAACUGUUGCAUUCACUAA